AUGGGAGUUGUGCUUCUAGAUUUCUCUCACAAAUUGAUCAAACGACGAGCUUGUCUACGGUGGAAGCAAGCAGAAUCGCUGCGAGGCUUGUGUUCUGAUGGUCUAUGGAAGUAUGCAGUAUUUUGGUCAAUCAAAAGCGAGAAGCACGGCAUCUUGACUUGGGAGGAUGGCUACGUCGACAAGAUGACCAAAAACACGAGAGAUCAUCACGGGGACCCAGCUGAUAGUGACAACCAGAUAAUGACACCUACUUGGUCUAACGAUGGCCAAUAUCAAAGCUAUCCAUUUUGCCCCAUCGAGGCAGCAUUACUGCGCAUGUCUAGUCAUUCGUAUUCUCUUGGAGAAGAAAUUAUUGGUAAAGUGGCCAUUAUGGGACAAUAUUGCUGGAUUUCUUCCAGUGAUCUUCCUUCAACUUUGGUGUACAAGUAUCACGAAGACUGGCAAUUUCAGUUUGCAGCAGGAAUCAAAACAGUUCUACUUGUACCAGUGAUUCCUUAUGGGGUUCUUCACCUGGGAUCUUUAUGUAUGGUUUUGGAAAGUUCAGCACUGGCGACACACAUGAAGGACCUGUUCUAUAAGAUUUACAACCCCUCAAUUCCUCAUAAUCCUUCAGCCACAGGGUUCUGCUACUCAAAUUCUUUGAAAAAACCUACUGCAGAUAUAUCGGUGGAUCCCGCAGAUGUUCUGGCCGAUGACUUAUUUGAUGUGAUCAACAAUUCUGCUCAGCUAUUUACCAUUGAACACCUUAGUCUACCACAUCCCUUCACUCCGUCCGAGUUUCCAAUGUUAGAAGAUGUCAUUACAGGAGCGUACGAUAUUGGUCUAACAACUUGCUCAGAUGAAACCUUCGAUGCCAAUGAGAGUGAUCUGUGGACCAAUGUUCAUGAAGCACCAUCUGAACUCACUCACUGCAAGACACUGGUUGACCCGGAGAUGACAAACCUCUCAUUUAUGGAUAAGUUGAUCAAUUCCAACAGCAAACUGAGUUGCACAUCAGUAAUUAACAUACAAGAUGCAGAUUAUAAUAAUAUUGAUGAUUUUAUCCUGGCAUAUAUGGCACAAGAAUAUCAGGAGCACACAUGUGGCAGCACUGUAGUUUUAAAUGAUGAUGUUGUAACUUCAAACUCUUCAAUUCACUCAAAGAUGCACAAAGAUCUUGAGGCAAUUCCCAGGGAAGAUCUUGAGAGCUUCAUGUGGCAUGGUAGAUUGAAACAACAAGAGUCUACAAGCCACUCUCUCCUUCAAGCGAAUGGAAAUAAAGCAUAUUCUUACUCACACCUCGAGGCCAAUGAUUGUGCUGAAUUCUUAGUGGAUGCUAUAACCAACCAGGUUGGCAAUAUCCCAAACAGUUGCUCGUAUCACUCGACUGAUUCUUCGACUUCAAGCGAAACACAAAUACAGAGAGAAGAUCAUCCACUGAGGUUGGAUUCUUCGACUUCAUGCGGAACACAAAUACAGAGAGAAGAUCAUGCACUGAGGUUGGAGGAAUCGGCAAUCCCAGAUCCCUUUGGUGGUCGAGAAUUUUCACCUGCCUCAGUCAAAGAAGGCUUCAUGACUUCCAAAAUGACUGUUUCGCUCCCGAAGGGAAUCAACAGGACCAUGACUGAAGAAUGCGUGGGUCAUACAAUUCAAGACAUGCACAUGGAAAUUUCAGUUGAAAUAAAGCAUGAAGGCGGAAAAAAAGAACUGCACAGACCAAGACCGAGAGACAGACAACUGAUUCAAGACAGGAUGAAGGAGUUGAGGGAGCUCAUUCCAAAUGCAUCAAAGUGCAGCAUUGAUGCUCUCCUGGACAAAACAAUAACACAAAUGUUGUUCCUCCAAAGUGUAUCCGAGAAAGCUGAGAAGCUUCAGAACAAAACAAGAAAUGAGAAGUUCGGUAACGAGGCCAAGAAGAAACUGGAAAACUGCCCGCUGAGAGUGGAAGAGCUCGAGGAACCUGGUCAUCUUCUCAUUGAGAUAUUAUGCAAGGAGUAUGACGUCUUUUUCGAUGCUGCGCAUCUGUUCAAGGGCCUUGAGGUCAGCAUACUGAAGGGGGAGCUGGAGCAUCGUUCUGGCCAGCUCUGGGCUCGCUUUGUAGUCGAGGCUUCCAAAUGUUCAAACCAGAUGCAGAUCCUUUGCCCACUGAUGCACCUGUUGCAGAGGAGAUGA